AUGGCAUCUCUUCCUCCUCCUCCGCCUCCGGGAUGGGGAGCUGCAGCUCCCCCGUCGAUGCCUCUUGCUCCCCCACCUCCCGGAUACCGGCCCCCAGCCGACCCCUUGGUUGCAAAGUUUGCCCAAAAGAAAACCGAAUGGCUGCGGACGCAACGAAACCGUUUCGGGGAGAAGAGGAAAGCCGGGUUUGUAGAAAGCCAGAAGUCAGAUCUGCCACCAGAACAUUUGCGGAAGAUUGUGAAGGAUAUAGGAGAUGUGUCACAGAAAAAGUUCAGCACCGACAAGAGGAGCUACUUGGGAGCAUUAAAAUUCAUGCCUCAUGCCGUGCUCAAGUUGCUGGAAAAUAUGCCGAUGCCUUGGGAGUCCGCUCGGGAGGUUAAGGUGCUUUAUCAUGUGAAUGGCUGCUUGACCUUAGUCAACGAGAUCCCCCGAGUUAUUGAACCCGUCUUUCAUGCGCAAUGGGCUACAAUGUGGAUGACGAUGCGACGAGAGAAAAGCGACCGUCGGCACUUCAAAAGAAUGCGUUUUCCUCCUUUCGAUGAUGAAGAGCCACCGUUGUCAUGGUCGGAAAACAUUGAAGAUGUCGAACCUUUGGAACCCAUUCAGAUGGAACUUGACGAAUCUGAAGAUAGUCCUGUAUUCGAGUGGUUUUACGAUCAUCGUCCACUCCUUGAUACUCCCCACGUGAAUGGCCCUAGCUAUAAGGAGUGGAAUUUGACACUUCCCCAAAUGGCAACGCUAUAUCGCUUAAGUCGUCAAUUACUUAGCGACGUAGUAGACAAUAAUUAUUUCCACAUGUUCGAUCUGAACAGCUUUUUAACCGCAAAAGCUCUUAAUGUGGCGAUCCCUGGCGGCCCCCGAUUUGAGCCGUUAUAUAAAGACGUCGACCCAAAUGAUGAAGAUUUUGGCGAAUUCAAUGCGAUAGAUCGUAUCAUUUUCAGAGCUCCAAUCCGAACGGAAUACCGAGUCGCCUUCCCUUACGUAUAUAACUCGUUACCACGAAGUGUCAAGCUCUCUUGGUACUCUUAUCCUCAGAUCGUUUAUGUCCGGUCAGAACCUAACCUCCCUGCAUUUUAUUUUGACCCUGUCAUUAAUCCCAUAUCGUCCCGUUCCGUCGCCCCCAAGAACAUAACUGUCAGCCACGAAGAUCAAAUUUUUGGAGCUGGAAAUGACGAGGAUGAAUUCACACUUCCGGGAAAUGCUGAGCCAUUCUUGGGCGACGAAGAGUUGUACACCAGUGAAACGGCCUCAGCAAUCGCUCUUUGGUGGGCGCCAUACCCAUUUGACCGGCGCUCUGGUAAAAUGGUUCGGGCACAGGACGUACCACUUGUGAAGCAAUGGUACCUGGAGCACUGUCCGCCAGGCCAACCUGUAAAGGUCCGUGUCUCAUACCAGAAGCUUUUAAAGACUUACGUUUUGAACGAGUUACACCGGAAGAAACCUAAGGCGCAAAGCAAGCAGAAUCUUUUGAGGACGUUGAAAGGCACAAAAUUCUUCCAACAAACAACCAUCGAUUGGGUGGAAGCUGGGCUCCAAGUCUGUCGCCAAGGAUUUAACAUGUUGAACCUGUUGAUUCAUCGCAAAAAUUUGACUUAUUUACAUCUGGACUAUAACUUCAAUUUGAAACCAGUGAAGACUUUGACGACAAAGGAGAGAAAAAAGUCCCGCUUUGGGAAUGCUUUCCAUCUAAUGCGAGAGAUUCUUCGCCUGACAAAGCUGAUCGUUGAUGCCCAAGUUCAAUACCGUUUGGGUAAUAUCGAUGCUUUCCAACUGGCCGACGGCAUCCUUUACGCUUUCAACCAUGUUGGCCAGCUGACCGGCAUGUACAGAUACAAGUACAAGCUCAUGCACCAGAUCAGAUCUUGCAAAGACUUGAAGCAUCUCAUAUACUAUCGCUUUAAUUCCGGUCCAGUCGGAAAGGGCCCUGGAUGUGGAUUCUGGGCACCUGCUUGGAGGGUUUGGCUCUUUUUCCUGAGAGGGAUUAUUCCGCUCCUGGAGCGUUGGCUCGGAAACUUACUCUCUCGUCAAUUUGAAGGGCGUCACAGCAAAGGCGUCGCGAAGACUGUUACGAAGCAACGUGUUGAGUCCCAUUUCGAUCUUGAACUUCGUGCUUCCGUAAUGGCAGAUCUUAUGGACAUGAUGCCCGAAGGCAUUAAACAAAAUAAGGUCAACACCGUUUUACAACAUCUCUCGGAGGCUUGGAGAUGCUGGAAGAGUAACAUCCCUUGGAAAGUGCCGGGACUUCCUGCUCCUAUCGAGAACAUCAUCCUAAGGUAUGUUAAGAGUAAGGCGGAUUGGUGGAUUUCCGUUGCCCACUACAAUCGAGAGCGUAUUCGGCGCGGAGCAACGGUUGAUAAGACUGUGGCUAAGAAAAACCUCGGACGACUCACGCGACUCUGGCUCAAAGCUGAACAAGAGAGACAACACAACUAUCUGAAAGACGGCCCUUACGUCUCUUCGGAAGAAGCUGUCGCCAUUUAUACUACCACUGUCCAUUGGCUGGAAUCUCGAAAAUUCUCCCCUAUUCCGUUCCCCAGCGUAUCUUACAAGCAUGAUACAAAGAUUUUAAUUUUGGCCCUCGAGCGUUUGCGCGAGGCAUAUUCUGUUAAGGGCCGCCUGAAUCAAAGCCAGCGGGAAGAACUUGCUCUAAUUGAACAAGCCUAUGAUUCCCCAGGCACAACCCUUGCGAGAAUUAAGAGAUUUCUUCUCACACAGCGAGCUUUCAAGGAAGUUGGUAUCGACAUGAACGACAACUAUUCCAACAUCAACCCGGUGUACGACAUCGAGCCCAUUGAGAAAAUAACCGAUGCGUACUUGGAUCAAUAUCUUUGGUACCAAGCGGAUCAGCGUCACCUAUUUCCAGCCUGGAUCAAACCAUCGGAUUCCGAGGUGCCCCCUCUGCUCACGUACAAAUGGGCUCAAGGAAUUAACAACCUAUCGAAUGUUUGGGAAACUGCCGAUGGCGAGUGUAAUGUUAUGAUUGAGACAGAGCUAUCUAAAGUUUAUGAGAAAAUUGACCUCACCCUACUUAAUCGACUCCUCCGACUCAUUAUGGACCACAACUUGGCUGAUUACAUCACGUCAAAAAAUAAUGUUCAGCUCAACUACAAGGACAUGAAUCAUACCAAUAGUUACGGUAUGAUCCGUGGCCUCCAAUUCUCUGGCUUUGUCUUCCAGUAUUAUGGUCUCGUGAUCGAUCUGCUCCUGUUGGGCUUGCAACGAGCCAGCGAAAUUGCAGGUCCUCCCCAGAGCCCAAAUGAUUUCUUACAGUUUAGAGACCGGGCAACUGAAACUAGACACCCUAUUCGUCUCUACACAAGAUAUAUUGACAAAAUUUGGGUGUUCCUAAGAUUCUCGGCCGAUGAAUCGCGAGACCUUAUUCAAAGAUUUUUGACCGAGCAGCCAGACCCGAAUUUCGAAAACGUGAUCGGGUAUAAAAAUAAAAAGUGUUGGCCUAGGGACUCGAGAAUGCGGUUGAUGAGACAUGACGUUAAUUUGGGUCGUGCCGUUUUUUGGGAUCUAAAGAACCGCCUUCCAAGAUCUAUUACCACAAUUGAGUGGGAUGACACUUUUGCUAGUGUGUAUAGCAAGGACAAUCCAAACCUGCUAUUUUCGAUGUGUGGAUUCGAGGUCCGCAUUUUACCGAAGAUCCGCAACCAGAAUGACGAGUUCCAAGUUAAAGACAGUGUCUGGUCGUUGGCCAAUAACACGACCAAAGAACGAACUGCAUACGCGUUCUUGCAAGUCACGGAAGAGGAUAUCCAGAAGUUCAACAAUCGGAUCAGGCAAAUUCUAAUGUCGUCUGGCUCGACUACGUUUACUAAGAUUGCCAAUAAGUGGAAUACGAGUUUGAUCGCUCUGUUCACAUAUUAUCGAGAAGCCGCGGUGUCAACUGUUAACCUCUUGGAUACGAUAGUUAAAUGCGAAACCAAAAUCCAAACCCGGGUUAAGAUCGGCCUGAACUCGAAAAUGCCGUCUCGUUUCCCUCCGGCCGUAUUCUACACCCCAAAGGAAUUGGGAGGCCUGGGAAUGAUUUCCGGCUCUCACAUACUUAUUCCGGCCAGCGACAAACGUUGGUGGAAGCAGACUGACACUGGCGUCACCCACUACCGAGCGGGUAUGUCCCACGAUGAGGAAACUUUGAUCCCUAACAUCUUUAGAUAUAUAAUACCUUGGGAGGCCGAGUUUACCGACUCGCAACGUGUGUGGAUGGAAUACUCUCAGAAGCGACAAGAGGCAAAUCAACAAAAUCGACGACUGACACUUGAGGAUUUGGAAGACAGUUGGGAUCGCGGCCUUCCGCGUAUCAAUACACUUUUCCAAAAAGACCGAAGUACUCUUAGUUUCGACAAAGGUUUCCGCACUCGAACCGAGUUCAAAACUUACCAAUUGAUGAAGAGCAAUCCUUUCUGGUGGACAAGUCAGAGGCAUGACGGUAAAUUGUGGAACCUCAAUGCCUAUCGAACCGACGUUAUUCAGGCCCUCGGGGGUGUUGAAACGAUCCUGGAGCACACCCUGUUCAAGGCGACCGCAUUCCCUUCAUGGGAGGGAUUGUUUUGGGAACGUGCCUGUCUUGCCAAAGGAACACAGCUGCUUCGGUACGAUGGUACUAAGGUUGGAGUGGAAAGUGUGAGAGAAGGAGACCUGCUGCUUGGCCCCGACGGCGGACCCCGGCGUGCCUUCAAUAUUGUCAGUGGACGUGAUCGUCUGUAUCGCAUCAAGAUUGACGCAGAAAAAGAAGAUCUUGUUGUAACGCCAAACCAUAUUCUUGUUCUUCACCGCGAGAAGAAAGACCAAAAUGGUCAGGGCGGCGGAGCGUCAGUUUCAGUAGCGGAGCACUAUGACACUGUGGAAAUGACAGCUUCUGAUUUUGCUGCUCUUGAUCCCGAAGAAAUGCAUCUUUAUCGACUUUUUAGAUCUCCUGGCUUCGAGCUGGCCGAGCAAAGCGUACCAAUUGACCCAUAUUACCUUGCCCUUUGGCUAUGCGAUGGAGUUCGCCCGAGUACCACUAUCUACACUAGUCCUGAAGAAGAAGCCCGUGAGUUUCUCAUCAACCAUGCCGCUGAGUUGGAUCUGCAUCAUGUAUCGCAUGCACUACCCAGUUACACCACUUGUCUCAGUGGCCUACCUUCGAAAGGAGAAACGCAACGACCGAUCCCCCGUGAAGCGCGACAGACCAUCUUCAAGCAACGGCUCGCCGCUGUGCAAACAGAAGCAGCCGACUCACAUCACCACCAUAUCUUUCAGACACCGGCAAAACAUGGUCUGGCCUCCGGCACGAAGACCUCGUCAAGCCGCCAUAGUCGCCAUCCUCUUUCUGAAUCCUCAGCCAUGACUUCGAUGAACCUUCUGUCACUGCGUAGCCCCGGGUUGGAUCUCGCACAAGUAGUGGAUAAGGGCGGGUUGCGUAAAGAGACCAUGAUUAACCAAGCGUCGUCCGGAGAAGAACCCGAAGUCGACUUGUUUGAUACGGAGCGCAUUGAAGAUGAAACUCAGGGUUUGACUGAACGCGUCCCCGGACAUAAACACCGCCUGCGGACGGGAUUUCGAGCAUAUGGGGAUCUCGCUCCCCACGAGGAAGAACAAAUCCUUGGAAAUAUCCUCACUCGACCUACUAGCAGUACUAGCGUAGGUUCGCUCCUGCGCGCAUUCGAAGAAUUAGGGUUAGUUGCACGUGGCACAGCCGGCCAUGCAGUUGAAAAGAAACAUAUACCUUCAGUGUACAUGAAUAACUCACGAUCAAUCCGCCUCGCUCUUCUUGCAGGGCUGAUCGAUGGUGAUGGUUGGUAUUGCCAACACGAGAAUACGUUCGGCUUCAGCGAGAGCGAACGCAUUGCACCCUCUCUUUUCUGGGACAUCGUCGUGUUGGCACGGUCCCUAGGUCUGAGUGUUUCUACGGAUCAGCUUAAGCUGCAUAACCCGGCUGGCGCAGAAUGUAAAUCGCAUCUUUCUGCCAGGAUAUCCGGAAAUGUGGCAGAAGUUCCUAGCCUCCUAGCACGAAAGAGGGGCGUCAAGAGAAUUAUUUCCCAAGAUCAUAGUUUCGCUAUCAAGGGGAUCCAUCUUGAACGGGACAUGACGGAGUGGGCUGGCUUCCGAGUCGAUAAGGACCAACUCUACCUACGACACGAUUUCCUUGUGCUACACAACAGUGGUUUUGAAGAAUCUAUGAAAUUCAAGAAGUUGACCAACGCGCAGAGAUCUGGUUUGAAUCAGAUUCCCAACCGUCGCUUUACCUUGUGGUGGUCACCAACAAUUAAUCGUGCAAAUGUCUACGUGGGUUUCCAGGUUCAGCUUGACUUGACGGGCAUAUUCCUACACGGGAAGAUUCCAACCUUGAAGAUUUCAUUGAUUCAAAUCUUCCGUGCUCAUUUGUGGCAAAAGAUUCACGAGUCUGUUGUCAUGGACCUCUGUCAAGUAUUUGACCAAGAAUUGGAGCAGUUGGGUAUCGAAACUGUACAGAAAGAGACUAUCCACCCUAGGAAAUCUUAUAAGAUGAAUAGCUCAUGUGCAGAUAUCCUACUAUUCGCUACCCACAAGUGGAAUGUCACAAGACCAUCUCUUCUUUUUGACACCAAGGACGUCAUUGAACCUACUACGACGAACAAAUUUUGGUUGGAUGUACAGCUGCGUUAUGGCGACUACGAUUCUCAUGAUAUCGAGAGGUACGUUCGUGCCAAGUACCUCGAUUAUACAACAGACAGCAUGAGCAUAUAUCCAUCCGCAACUGGCCUAAUGAUUGGCAUUGACCUGGCAUACAACCUAUACUCGGCCUAUGGCCAAUACUUCCCUGGUUUGAAGGCUCUGGUGCAGCAAGCUAUGGCCAAAAUCAUGAAGGCAAAUCCUGCCUUGUACGUCCUAAGAGAACGUAUUCGAAAAGGUCUCCAGCUCUACGCCUCAGAGAGCAACCAGGAAUUCUUGAAUUCCCAAAACUACUCCGAAUUGUUUAGUAACCAAAUCCAGCUUUUUAUUGAUGACACUAACGUCUACCGUGUCACGAUUCAUAAAACAUUCGAAGGUAAUUUGACGACAAAACCAAUCAAUGGUGCCAUUUUCAUUUUCAAUCCACGCACAGGUCAACUUUUCCUUAAAAUCAUCCAUACAAGUGUCUGGGCAGGCCAAAAACGUCUUGGCCAAUUAGCCAAAUGGAAAACGGCGGAGGAAGUUGCAGCACUGAUCAGAUCUUUGCCAGUCGAAGAACAGCCGAAGCAACUAAUCGUCACAAGGAAGGGCCUUCUCGAUCCACUUGAAGUUCACCUGCUAGAUUUCCCCAAUAUCUCUAUCCGGGCGUCCGAGCUUCAGCUACCUUUCCAAGCUGCGAUGAAGGUCGAAAAGCUUGCGGACAUGAUCCUGCGUGCAACCGAGCCACAGAUGGUUCUUUUCAACCUUUACGAUGAGUGGUUGAAGACAAUAUCGUCGUACACUGCGUUUUCCCGACUUGUACUAAUACUACGAGCCCUCCAUGUGAACCCCGAGAAAACUAAAAUCCUCCUUCGUCCUGAUAAAACAGUUAUUACCCAAGAGCACCACAUUUGGCCAACGCUGUCAGAUGAGGACUGGAUCAAGGUUGAAGUGCAACUCCGUGACUUGAUUCUUAAUGACUACGGUAAAAAGAAUAACGUCAACACACAAAGUCUGACUAGCAGCGAAGUUCGUGAUAUCAUUCUCGGAAUGGAAAUUAGCGCGCCGUCCAUGCAACGUCAGCAGGCCGCCGAAAUUGAAAAACAGCAGGAGGAGCAGAAGCAGCUCACAGCUGUCACGACGAAAACCCAAAACGUCCGAGGAGAAGAAAUUGUUGUCACGACUACUUCUCAGUAUGAACAACAAGCCUUUGCCUCGAAGACCGAAUGGAGGACUAGGGCUAUUGCGACUUCAAAUCUUCGGACCCGGGCCAACAACAUCUAUAUUUCUUCUGAUGAUAUCCAAGAGGAAGGACACUACACAUAUAUCAUGCCAAAGAAUGUCUUGAAGCGGUUCAUCACAAUCGCAGAUCUUCGAGUGCAGGUUGCCGGAUAUCUCUAUGGAGCUUCGCCGCCUGACAACGAUCAAGUCAAGGAGAUCCGGACUAUCGUUAUGAUUCCACAAGUUGGAAAUACUCGUGAUAUUCAAUUGCCGCAACAACUUCCCCAGCAUGAGUAUCUCAACUCUCUUGAGCCCCUUGGUAUCAUUCAUACACUCUCUGGAAACGAACCGUCGUAUAUGACAGCUAUGGAUGUAACGCAGCACGCACGUCUCAUGAAUGCGCACCCGUCCUGGGACAAGAAAACGGUGACGAUGACUGUCUCGUUCACCCCAGGUUCCGUGUCGCUGAGCGCAUGGGCCUUAACACCCCAAGGCUAUAAAUGGGGCGCUGAAAAUAAGGACACCUCUUCUGAUCAACCUCAAGGCUUCUCAACCAGCUUGGGGGAGAAGUGCCAACUCCUGCUUAGUGAUAAGAUACGUGGUUACUUUUUGGUUCCGGAGAACAACGUCUGGAACUAUAGCUUUAUGGGAAGUUCCUUCAGCAGCAUGGAAAAGCGACCUGUUUAUGUGAAGAUUGAUACUCCAUUGCGCUUCUAUGACGACCAACACCGCCCACUACAUUUCCAGAAUUUUGCUGAGCUCGAGGAUAUCUGGGUUGAUAGGGUCGAUAACUUUGCAUAA